UUUACGUCAUUUGCUCUGUCUUCAUACUCAUGCUUUGUGUAUAUACUUAUUUGGGUGUGCACUAAUAGAGAAGUUUAAUGUAAUCAUUUCCAGACAAAGUAGGGUACUCAUGGUUUGGAUUAUUUUUUUUCUCAUCCCGUCAACACAGGCUCUGUAUGUGUGUGUAAUGGAACAGCCUUCUUAUUAGGAAAGCUGAGGAAUUCCCAAGCUCUCGUGAGGAACCUUAAAAAGCUUGGAGGUUCCCCCUACACACCACCUACAGAACGCACAACAAAAAAGGAACUACUCUGUUUCCCUCCCCUAUAUUUGCCUUCAUCUCUGUGUAUGUCUUUUCAUUGAUCUCUUUUUGGCUUUCUCCUUCACAUUAAGCACUCCUUCAUUUCCCCUUUCUGGCAAGGAAUUUUCUUCAGCAUGAUGACCAACAGAGAGCAGUGUGUCUUGGGUUUCAGCGUGAUUUUUAUAUUUGUUGGCCUUGCUGCUGUCAAAGCAGUACCCAUAAAAGACAGCUGUUCAAUGGUGGGCCCAGAGAUCUCAGAUUUUCACAUCCAGGGGGAAGCAGUGGUCAUCAGAUUCCCAUUUCUCGAGAAUGUCAUUAGUUACAAAGGACUUCAAGUGGACAGCAGCACCACGUUUCUUGUCUCUCACAAUAACCAUAGUGACCUCCACAACCAGAGUCAUAGGGUCAUACAGAAAGGACGUGCCAUUUGGCUCCUCCCAUCUCUGCCCUCAGACUCCGGAACCUAUACCUAUGUGUUCAGGAGCAGCACAUUCUGCUAUAUGGGGGAUAUCUCUGUCACCAUCUAUAAAACAGGAAGAGAAGACAUGGACAUGAUAUCACAUCCUGUUUCUGCACAGCCAGACAAGGACCUGACCAUCAUCUGUCCUCACACAGAUCAUUUCAAAAAGAAGGAAAGUCCACAGUGGUACAAGGGUUUUCACUCUGAUGCUUUUCCUUUAAAAAGUGCUCGCUACAACACCGGGACAAGAGACCUGCUCACUAUCAGAAAUAUCUCUGUGGAGGACGAGGGCUUAUACACCUGUAGGCUCACAGUGAUCAUCAACAAUACCCAGUAUAAUAUUACCAGGAUCUGGAAACUGCAAGUGUUAGACCCAGAGACAGACAUUUUAGACUCUCAAACUGAACCCACAACUAAUUCAAUGGAUGAUGCUUUGACAUCAUCAAGUCUGCUCUACCCUUACAUCAUCACUCCAGUAAAUGGCUCUUUAAUUGAAAGCUGCCUUGGCUCCAGUUUGGCAAUCCAGUGCAAGGUGUUUGUUGGCAACCAGUCACUGGAUUUCACUGAGGUCACUUGGUUGGUCAAUGGCCAAUUACCUGAGCACAGUUUUCUGAACGGGCGAGCAUUUCAAGCAAACAAAAAGGUGUCAGGCAGCCACAUUGAGGUGCAACUGGUUUUCCUGGAGCUGCAUGAGAAGGACAUGAGCGUGGAACUAAAAUGUGUCGCUAAAAAUGUGUUAGGAAAACAGGAAGUCAUUACACAAAUUAAAUUGCAAGACUCUACAUUUGUGUGGUUGGUGACAGCUGCUAUAGCCAGCAGCUUUUUCCUGCUGGUGGUGAGUGUGUUCCUGUAUCUGCUGCACCCUAGAAGGAGGAAACAGAAUGACUACAUACUGGCCCGACAGAACAGUACCUUUUAAAUGUCUAUGUCUUUCCAACUCAGUCCUGAUUACCCAUUUCUAGAUUCCUUUUUUGUUUUUCAAUUGUUUUAUUUACAUAAACCUCACUUUAUUAUGACCCCAUAUUUUGUACUUUCUAAAACAAUAGUCUACUGUUAAGUGAACAACUUAUACUACACAAGCAAAAUUCUGUUCACUGUAUGAGUCUUACAGUUCCACAUAUGUGUACAAUUACAGGCUGUAGCCACCUGUAGUCAUGUACAGUUUUUUCAGCUGCUCAUCAUUGGUCUCUUUCUGAAGAUAGGACAGCUGUUCUCUGAUGUUAUUUGGGUGGUGUUCAUAGCACAGUGGUUACACUGACAGGGUAAGUGGCAUGGUAAUGCAUGUCAUGCUGGUAUCGCUAGGUCGAAAGUGGCCCACACUCAAAAAAAUCUAGUCAAGAGUGGCUGGCCUUGAAAAUGAAGUCUUGAAUUUACAUAGAAAUGUUACAGAGACAUUUCAUGUGGCGCCAAAUCAAGUGUCAAGUGCUUCCACUGAGUAACAAGUACAAAUUUAAGGAAAUACCGCAAAAGCAGUUUGAAUAAAUUCUAAUUGACUGUAGUGAUUAUGAUGUUUUACUCAAAAAUGUUAGAAUUCUACAUAAUUAGAAAUCUACAUAAUUCCUGGGCAACUGAGCGGUCGGAAAAUUGCACUCAGCAGAACGUUACUAGGUAACUUGCACUUACAGCCAACAAUAGGCACUUAACUGAGGAGUAAGAUGUUAAGCACGUAUAUACACACAAUAGAAGUUAGGUCAGGGAGAAAGAAGACAUGAAGAGUGUGAGUAAAUAAUAAAAGCAAUAAAUAAAUGAUGCAGAAACCUUGCAUUUUACUAAAAAAAUACUGACAAUCUGUCACAUUUAAUUUCAUAAUUUCAUUGAAACAACAUAAAUAGCUCAGUUCCACUGACUUAGGUGUUUGCAAGACAUAUCUAGGAAAGAAAACAUUUUUAAAACCAUUUUUUGAGUGUUGGCAUCAAAAUUUGAGCUACAAAGGAAGAAGUGGACAAGGUGUUUGUAGGUGUU